AUGGCUGCCAAUGAUCCCGGAUUGGCCCAAGUCGCCGCGCUUGGUGAAGAUCCAACCAAAGGAGGAGUGAAAGAGACUGCAGAUGGUAGCUUCAUCGAAGAGGACAGACCUGUCGCGCCAGACCAGUUCGAUGAAAGAUACGAAACCGGGAGGUUUGAGAUCUGGGCAUACUACUCGUACUACAUCGGCAACAAUGGCCUGAGUCUGUUCAACUUCGGUCCUACCGCUGCCCAGAAUCUGCUGUACCAAAAGGCUGAGGCCAUUGGAGGGCCUGACAAUGAAAUCCUGUACUUUGCGGGCUCGAACAGAACGAUCAACAGUAUCAUCCUGCUCUGCAACGGAAUCAGCUUCGCGAUCCAGAUUGUCGUGUUUCUCAUCCUUGGAUCAUAUGCCGAUUUUGGAACGUUCAGGCCCAACAUUUUGAUCGUACUCUCUUUGAUCGCGUGGGGGAUCGGGUUCGGUUGGCUGGGGGUCCAUACUGCGGACGACUGGCAAACCGGGCUUGGGCUGUACAUCGUUGGACUGAUCGCCUACCAGCUGUGCCUCACAUACUGGACGGCAGCUUUCCCGGGACUGGCCAGAAACACCAAAGAGAUGCGAGAAAAGGCAGGUCAAUAUGAGAAUGGAGAUAUCAGCCGCGAAGAGUACGACCAUGCCGACAGUAUGAAGCGAAACGAGCUUAGCAACAACGCUUUCGUCACUCAAAGUGUCGGCGAGAUCUUCAUCCUCGCUAUCAUCGUUGGGAUCAUGUUUGGGUUGAACGUGAAUGCCAGCACGGCGAACAACAACUGGGGUCUGAGUGUACUCAUUGCGUUUGCAUCGGGAGUGUGGAUCUUGGUAGCGAUACCUUGGUUCUUCAUGGAGAAGAGACGUCCUGGUCAGGAUCCUGGCAUGAACAUUGUGCUUGCAGGUUUCUGGCAGCUCUGGCGUGCCUUCAAGGAGAUCUGGCAACUCAAGCAAAGCUUGUUCUAUCUCAUUGGCUACUUCCUCCUCGGCGACUCCCUCAAUACAACAGUCACCGUUAUCGGCACGCUACAGAACUCGAUCGUAGCCUACAAUACGUUAGAACUGACAUACAUCCUCAUCGUCGGAAUUGCUGCUCAGGCUGUUGGGAUUUUCGCUUUCUGGCACAUCCAGAAGCGCUUUCAACUACCGACCAAGACCAUGUUCAACGCUGUUGCUGUGGGAAUCAUUCUCCUGGACGGUUGGGGCAUGAUUGGUAUCUGGACGAACCGGUUCGGUUUCCAUCAUGUAUGGGAAGUCUGGGUGUAUCAGGUCUUUUAUGGCUUGUUCGUUUGCCCCUGGUAUAGUUACUCUCAGACCAUGAUCUCCGAAGUCACACCCCGCGGCAAGGAGUUCCUCUUCUUCAGCCUCUUCUCCAUCAUCGGCAAGACAUCGUCGUUCAUCGGUCCCUUCAUCUCAAGUGCCAUUAUCGACGACACCGGCAACAACUCGUCGCCGUUCUACUUCUUGUUCGCCUUGAGUUUGGCCAGCUUUUUGUUCUUGCUAUUCUUCGUUGAUGUCAAGAAGAGUCGUGUUGAGCAGGCUGCUUUCUUGGAGAGGGAAAGGAUUGCGAAGGAGAAGUUGAAGGGUAGUACUAGUGGCUCUACCUUGGAGGCUUGA